CGGGGCGCCCUGGGCCAGCCCGGGGACAGAGCAAGUGGACGAGCCCAGCGGCCGGAGGCGCGUGUGAAACCGAGGAAACCCACGAGACGAGGGGUUGGUCCCGGCUGCGGGUGACAGAGAGUGCGAUCCUCCCCUCUUUUAGCGCCGGCAGGAUUGUCUCUCUGCCUUCCAGUCCCCUUGACAACGACGCCUGGCGCGAGGCGGAGCGAGGCGGGGCCAACCGGCUUCGAGAAGAAACCGUGAGCCAGCCCAUGCUCUUCCCUCUGUGGUCAAGCCUUCCUUCAAUCCCACCGCUUUGUGCACCUAAAGGACGACCGGUCUUGGGUGGCACUGUUCACCCCCGUGACUCUGUACCCCUCUGCCAGAGCCCCUGCUCUGAAACAUUGCUGUGCUCGUCUGAUGAUGAUAUUUAAAGGGAGGAUCCUUUGAGCCUGGGCCCCUAUGACAUCCAAAGACAAAGAUGUGGUGUCCUUGCCACUUUCUCCCUGGGAUGCCAUCCUUAAGGCUGCCAAAGACCAGCUGCCAUCUGUGGAUUCAGACUCCUCCCUGUCUGACUGUGAGGAAGAAGAACCCUUCAUCUUUCAGCGAAACCAGCCCAUCCUGAUUCCAGACUUGGCUGAGGAGCUGGCUGAAGACCCUGUUGGUGUUGAAUCUGGGGCCUGGAUUACUAUAGGGAGGAGUUCUUCACCUGAGCCAUUUCUGGUUCCUGGGAGACUAGCCAUAGAACCCAGAAGUGGACAGACGGUAAAACAGAAGGACUUGGCACUUCAGGAAAGAAGAGGCCCUGGCUGGGCUUGCCAGAGCUGUGUCAAGAUCAGUCCUAUCCUUGUGGAGGCUGAGGAGGGCCCACCCUGGCUGGAAGGCAACCUUAGAAGCCUGUGUAACCCCAAAGGAUCCCAGAGUCCCCCCUGGACUUCCCAGGGAGAAGAUGCCACCUUUCCUUUGGAAGGGCAGCUGAAGACAGAGCCCUCAGACAUUGACAAGCGCAGAGCCCUCCGCAGGGAAAGGAGGAAGAUGAUAGAGAAGGAUAUCCUUCAGAAAGUGACCCAGGCUGCCCAGAACUCAGCCUGUGGUGGCCAAGGCCAGGCUCCAGAGUCGGGACCCCAGCCAGAAGCUGGGGAAGGAUGUCCAGUGCUCUCACUCCAGCAACUUGAAGACUGGGAUUUGGAUUACAUCCUUCAGAGUCUGCCAGGGCGACAGGACUGCCAGGGUGACAGUGCUCCCAGAACUGCCUGGUGGUUAGCUGACCGAUGCCAAAACCAAGGGCACACCAUUGGACUCUCCCAGGACACACUCCUGGAACAGCUGGCCCUCCUGUGUGCCACUCAGUCCAGAGUCUGCAACCCUACCUGGAAGAUUUCUGCUGACAAACCCAGAGACACAGAGGAGUGGGAAGCCAGAAGCAGAAGUGCUUUAGUAGAGCCGGGCUUUCAAACUGAGCCAGCCCAGAAGCUGGCAGGGAGUAGGAGGCUGAAGACCGAGCCUCCCACCGUUUUCAUCGACCUGCGGCAGAAGGAGCCGUCAGAACCACAGGAGCAUCAGGAGAGCUCUGUAUAUAGCUCCUCUGACAGUGAGGAGGAAGAUGUGGAGGCAGCAGACCCAGUACAGGGGGCAGUCCCCCGGGAACGGAGGGACUGUACUGGGAAGAGCCAGCUUCUCCAGCAGCUGAGGGCAUUUCGGAAGGGGGGUGUUGCAUCCCAGCUAUCCACCAGUGACAGUCCUGGAGGCCAAAAGACUCAAGCCCCAGAAGAUACAGCUGGAUUACAAACUGGGAGGAAGAAACACAUAAAACUCUGGGCUGAGAAGCAGAAUGCCCUGGAUCUAGGGGAACCUCUUGGGACACAGCCAGCCAGAGAUAUGCUGCUACCUGCUAUGGGCCAGCUAUAUUCAACUCAGGUAAAGGAUCUGAAAAGCAGGCCUGGUGGCAGAUUUCUAUCCACACAGCCCUGAUGGUCCUUCUGCAGCCCACCUAUUUUUAAUAGCACGGGCCUCUGGGUGCUGAGACCCUCGCUCUGACCCUAUCCAGCCAGUUUAAACAUAUUUAAACUUUUUUGUUGUUGGUGGUGUUGGGAACUGUAUCCAGGACCUCAUGUAAGCAAUUACUCUGGCACUGAGCUUACAUCUCCUGCUCCCAUAUUUAAAUGUAUUUAUAGUUUCCUAUAGAAACUUUGCCCAGGUUCUUGGAUUUCUGGUAUUUUGUGUACCUAAGUUAACACACACAUAUGUCCAUACCCAUGCAGACUUGAUGUACUUUGUGAAAAAAAGGGGCAACAGCUGAAAUUUGCUUUCUCUGUCUUUUUACCCAAGACACAAAAGCACACAUAGGCUCCAGGUAAUUCCAAGUUGAAGUGGCACUGAUCUUUGCUAGUCUGGAGAUGGAACACCAUACCUACCAGCAAUUCCAACACCAGAAGCCACACUGUGUGAAAUGCAAUAGUGCACACUCUCCCUCCUUGGUACACAAUGGAAGCUGUGUGUGUGACCAGCCAAGGCCUGGUCCUUACAGGGGACACCUGAGCUUCCUCUACCUGGUUACUUUGCAAGACAUGUCUCCCCUCCCCAGACUCCAUCUUUAGGGUCUUUCUGUACCUGCUUCCUCAGCCCCUUUGAUUUCCUGUCACCUCAUCUCCCCAGAGUCUUCCCAGGCCUGCUCCACGGAAAAGCAGAGUAGCCACUACCAAGGCAGGGCUUGGGUGGCAUGGCAGGGUUCAGGUGGCAGGGCAGAGUAUUUGACAUCUGACAAAUGUUUUAGCAUUCAGUUGUGGCAGGAGGGGUGUGUGGGGGUGUCACUGCCAGUUGUCCUGCUGCUGAAGAUAGACAAGGAUCUUCGUGUCAAGUCCUGAGCCACACAAAGGACAGGUCCUAUGGCAGAAUUACAGGCAGAUCACUGUUGUCAUCAAGUCCACAGAAUCCUAUUCCACAAACCCCGUCUGAUUUGGCCACAGGGACUGCAUCAUUAGGCCUAAUCCCAAGGCAUAUCCUUUAGAAGCCACAUGCAAGUUAGGCCUCCACCAAGGCCAUAAGCAGCUUCCCUGUAAGGGAGGCCAGGCUGCCCUGCCCAAGUGCAGAGGUCCAGGGCAUCAUGGCUCUACCGUCUGCCCCACAGUUUCCACUUCAGCCACUUAGUCAUCAAGAAUAAAAGUGCUUUGUUCCUAAACCCACUUUCUCCCAACUCCACCUCACUUAAUGCUAGAAAACCUGUUGAGAAUGACAUAUAGUGAUAGGAAAUAAAUUCUGCUGCAGUUUCGAC